GCACUGUGUGUGGGGUUCCGACAGUAAGUGCAGCGCGUGCGUCCUUCAGAAGCGCAGCGCGAUGCUCAGACAGCAACAAGACGAGCCCUUCUUUGCCGACCCGUUCCAGCUGCAUCAUGAGCGCAUGCAGCAGAUGAUGGGGGGUUUCUCUGACCCCUUCGGUCACAGGGGUCACGGGGGUCACAGGGCUGCGGCUCAGCCCAACACUGGCCCGAACGACCGCAGCAGCCGAGAGCUGGAUUUCUUUAGCAAUCCUUUGGCUAUGAUGGACAGCAUGAGGAACAGGAUGGAGGCCAUGCAUCGAAAUGUUGAGAACAUGCCUUCAGACCCCAACAGCCACUCGUUUUCCUCUUCCUCCGUCAUGACGUACUCUAAAGCGGGACACGAGCCGGCCAAAGUCUUCCAGGCCUCGUCUCAGACGCGCUGUGCUCCUGGAGGAAUAAAGGAGACCAGGAGGAGUCUGAAGGACUCUGAGAGCGGACUGCAGAAGAUGUCCAUCGCCCAUCACAUCCAGGACAGAGGCCACGUCAUCGAGAGGAAAGAGAACAGGAAAACCGGAGAGAAGGAGCUCAACCAGGACUUCCAGAACAUGGAUGAAACGGAGGCCCAGUCCUUCGAUGAGGAAUGGCAGAGAGAAGUGUCCCGGUUCCAGGCUUCUGCGCCCAUGUCCCGUCUGGAAGCACCGAGACAGCGAGCGGUUCACCGAGCGGCCAUCACAGCACCACGAGACACUCACAGAAACGACAAAGCGGCCGCAGGACAUCAACGCCAUUAUAAUGAGCUCAACAUUAAAGGCUCGGGCAGCAAGAAGCACUAAAGCUCGUUCACAAUAAAACACUCUUGACAGGAAUCAACUGGCUGGUGUUUUUAUACUGCAGUUUCCUCAUACUGUAUUCUUACGCCUGUUGCACACCACAAACUUGAGCAGCAGCAAAAACCAUUGUCCUUCAGCACAUUUCUGUAAUGCACUUAUCGAUGUUGUUUAUUCUGGAGUAAUCACCAUCAAAACCUUGCUCUGUAAACAUUUGCAAAAUCAAAACUGCAUGAAAGACGACUU